UUGAACUUUCACUUCGCCAACUUACCCUUGUUUCGCUUCGUAGCACUGCUAGCUACGAAGCGUGUUAAGCUUUCAUUUCCUUCAUAGAUUUUCAUCGGAGACAAAACAAUGUCAGGACUGAGCCUCCCCGACGAGCCUCCACCGGAGCAAUCCCGAGAAGAAGUGCAAUCUGAAAAUGAAGUUGAAUCAGAUCGAAGAAAUUCAUCGAGCGACGAGGACUUUUGUAUGGAAAUAGACUUGUCAGAUAUAAGCGAGGAUCUUCAGUGUCCUAUCUGCCUAGGUGUAAUUCGAAAAACCAAAAUUGUUAUGGAAUGCUUGCAUCGGUUUUGCGGAGAAUGCAUUGAGAAAUCCAUACGCCUUUGCAAGAACGAAUGCCCAGUUUGUCGUGAACAUUAUCCUGGCGGAUGCACACUAGGGGAUGAUCGCCACUAUGAUCAUCUCAUUUCUAUCAUCCAUCCUGAUAUUGCAGAGUACGAGGAGGCGUCUUUCCGACGUCAAAUAAAAGAAUUGGAGAGGAAACAGAAGGCCAGGGCAACCGCUGUAGGGUUUGCAAGGAGACGCAGAACAAUCAGAAAAGAUAUUAAUGAUAAGAAUGGAGGAAAAGACUGAGAACACAGAAGCUGAACCAAACAAAGAAUCUGCCAUAUGUGUUGCUUUCAACCUUUAAUUUUAUGUUUUUCGG